AACCCUGUACACACUUGUAAAGAACUGUUUCCCGAACCUGGUACGGCACUUUACUAAUGAUAAAAAAUACUUUACUGCUAAGCUAUAUUAACUCAACUGCUAAGCUGUUACCCACUCUUAAUCAAAUGGUAGUUUGGUAGUCUAGUGAAAUAUCUUUAAAGGUUUCUGUAAGUGAAACUGGUAUAAGAAAUCAUGGGCUUUGGAAUCAAAUUUCUUCCUUAGUCCGGGUAUACAACCUUUCCACUUUCUGGGCAGUUCUUCCCUAUUUAAGUAGAAAUUGUAAAGGCAGAAACCUGUGAUGUAAUCAUGGGUCUUUUAAAAAAAAAGUCACAAGUCUCAUUGUUUUGAUGAUCCUGUAGAAGGGGGCCCUGGAAGAAAUCGCAGAUAUGUUAAUGGUUUUCUGUGCAUCACCAAGAGGGCUUAAGACGUGUCUGUGCCCAUUGGUUUAUUUCUCGUGCAUUUCCAGGUGAGGCAGAUGCUGCCUGGGGACUGCCUUUGUCAAGCCACUGCAAUAAAGUGACUACCACUACCCCUGUCCCAAAGCCCCACCGCAGCCUGGGUGCUUAAGCAAGACAACGGCUCUGGGGUUAGGCACAGGCCUCCAGGGGGCGGCAUUUGCUUAAGAGUCAAGGCCUGGGCUUGUAAACCACAGUGGAGGACUAAAACUCUUUUAAGAAAUGCCAAAUUUGAUGUUGCCCAAAUCACCAUUUGUAUAUGCUUCAAGGUGAAGUGCUUUCAGAUCGAGAUGUAUGUAUAGAUGGUCUAGAUAACACGGAAAUAUUUUAAUUUUCUGGAUUGCCAAACUGGGGACGGAAGGUGAAGCUGACCUAAGUGGCUAUGGCAGUCAUAAAUAGGUGGGGAUAACCAUUAUUGGUGCUUACGAGGACAGAAAUACUAGCAAUUGGGAGUAUGAGGAGAGAGGCUCGAGGAGAACGGCAAAUUAAAGAACCAUCCGGACCGGCGUCCGCCAUGGUGGGCGGGGGAUGGCCGCGGCCGGAACGUAGUGAUGCGCUUCCGGGGUGGGGCCUGCUGCCUGCGAGCACGCUCUUCGUCGUCGCGCCUGCGCUCUGACCUCCCUGGGUUCUGUUAACGGCGGUGGCGGCCUAUUGGGAGCCGCUGGCUGAUGGGAGAGAGUGCUAUUUAACUUCUAAGGGAGAUGCGCUCUCUUGUAUCCGUCAGGGCCUGUCAUAAGGUCUGCAGGUGCCUGUUGUCUGGGUUUGGGGGUCGAGUAGAUGCUGGGCAGCCGGAGCUGUUGACGGAAAGGAGUAGCCCCCACGGCGGGCACCCGAGGUCGCACGCGGAGCUCCAGGGGAACGGCGAGCACCCAGAAGCCCCCGAAUCUGGAGAGGGAGGCGAGGCACUGUUAGAGAUCUGUCAGAGAAGGCAUUUCCUAAGUGGAAGCAGGCAGCAGCAUAGCCGGGAUUCUCUUCUGAGCGGGUGCCACCCCGGCUUUGGACCCUUGGGCGUAGAGUUGCGGAAGAACCUGGCCGCAGAAUGGUGGACCUCGGUGGUGGUGUUCAGGGAGCAGGUCUUCCCGGUGGACGCCCUCCACCACGAACCAGGCCCUUCGCUGCCCGGGGACAGUGGCUUCAGGUUAGUGUCUGCAGAAACUCUACGCGAAAUCUUGCAAGACAAAGAGCUGAGUAAGGAACAGCUAGUAGCAUUUCUUGAGAACGUAAUAAAAACUUCUGGGAAACUACGGCAGAACCUUCUUCACGGUGCCUUGGAACACUAUGUGAAUUGCCUGGAUCUGGUAAACAAGAGGCUACCUUAUGGCCUUGCUCAGAUUGGAGUGUGUUUUCAUCCUGUUUGUGACACUAAGCAGAUAUUGAAUGGUGGUAAAAGAAUUGGUGAGAAGACUGAAGCUUCAUUAGUAUGGUUUACUCCUGUGAGAGCUUCAAACCAGUGGCUUGAUUUCUGGUUACGUCAUCGACUCCAGUGGUGGAGAAAGUUUGCUGUGAGUCCAUCUAACUUCAGCAGCAGUGACUGUCAGGAUGAAGAAGGCCGGAAAGGAAACAAACUUUAUUACAAUUUUCCCUGGGGAAAGGAGCCAAUAGAAACCCUGUGGAACCUAGGAGAUCGUGAACUUUUACACAUGUAUCCUGGCAAUGUGUCUAAAUUACAUGGCCGAGAUGGACGAAAAAAUGUAGUUCCUUGUGUUCUGUCUAUAAGUGGGAAUCUAGACCGAGGCGUGCUGGCCUACCUCUAUGAUUCUCUCCAGUUGACGGAGAACUCCUUUACAAGAAAGAAAAAUCUUCAGAGAAAGGUACUUAAACUUCACCCUUCUUUAGCCCCUAUUAAGGUUGCUUUGGAUGUAGGAAGAGGCCCUACAUUGGAACUAAGACAGGUUUGUCAAGGGCUGUUUAAUGAAUUACUAGAAAAUGGGAUUUCUGUAUGGCCUGGUUAUUUGGAAACUAUGCAGUUCUCAUUGGAACAACUUUAUUCAAAGUAUGAUGAGAUGAGUAUCCUCUUCACAGUUUUGAUUACUGAAACUACUUUGGAGAAUGGAUUAAUACAUCUGAGAAGUAGAGACACCACAAUGAAGGAAAUGAUGCAUAUAUCCAAAUUAAAAGACUUUUUGAUCAAGUAUAUAUCAUCAGCUAAGAAUGUAUAGGUUUUUAUAUUUGUAUAAUAAAUAUUCUUCUCUCCUAAUUUGGUUGUCUUAGGUUCACUUAGAUUUUUUCUAGCCCCUUUGCACUUAUGAAGUGGACAUUUGUGGUGCUUGCUUUCAUUUAGUGUUUAUAUUUUUGAUGUCUUUCAUUGUAUCAGGAAUAUGUUCAGCUACAAGAAACAAAAAUCUAUUGGAUUAAGCAAAUUGGGGUUCGUUUUUCUCAUACACAAGAAAUCUGGAUGGUAGACUGUCCAAAGCUAGUAUUACUGUUUCUAUAGUUAUAGUAUUUCUGUUCUGCCAUCUUUUAGUACGCUGGUGUUUACAAUUGUUGCUUCAGGAUGGUAGAUUGCUGCUGUAUUUCCAGCCUUCUUAGCAUUCUAGUUAGGAGAAGAGUUAAAGAGAUAAGAGCUAGUCAGCCAAGACUCUUGCCUUUUAAAUUAGAAAAGUAAAAAAGCUUUUCCAGACAUCCCACUGGGAAGAUGUCUUUAUAUCUCAUUGGUCAGAACUAAAUCACAUGAUAAAUUCAAGACAGAUCAUUAUCCAAGGGAAUGAAAAUGUUCUGAUUUAGAUCAAACACAAUUUAUCCCUUGAGGCUGCAAUAGUGUCUUACUCUCUCAGAAAUGGGCUUCAUUAUGAGGUCUUUAUGGAAUCUGCCACAUCUACACUGUUGGAUAUCAAAAAUUAACCUAAAACUUUUAAAACUAGAACAUUUGUGGAUUUUUGAAAAGCAAACUAAAAUGUAUGCUACAUAUAAGACAGAAAGUAAACUGCAAUAGAUGACAUCUAUUGUUUACUUACUGUCUUAUAUCUAUGUUUAUAAGAAAUCUUUCAACUUUUAUGUGUUGAUAUGAUUGUAUAAAAUAUCCCAUUACUAACAACUUGACAAAGAUUCCAACUGAUCAUGCCUGUAAAAUAUUUCAAAAGUUUGGCUAAUUUGUCUUAAUUGACUUGACUUGGUAGGUUUUUGUCUUUUUUAAUUUUAAUUUUUUUUUCUGAGCCACAAGCAGUCCUCCUGCAUUGCCCUCCCAAAGUGUUGGGAUAACAGUUGUGAGCCACUGCACCUAGGCUUGUUUUGAUUAUUUUGUGCUUAUUUUUUUAUUAUGGAAAAAUUUAAAAACAGACAUAUAAUUAAUAGUAUUAAUCCUACGUACUGAUCACCUAGCACCAAUAACAAUCAACCUUUGGCCAGUCCCACCUCAUCUAAUGCCACCCUUCCAUAUUAUUUCAGUUAUUUAUUUAAAUUUAUUAAUUAAGAGACAAGGUCUCACUAUGUGGCCCAGGCUGGUCUCAAACUCCUCAGCUCAAGUGAUCCUCCUGUCUCAGCCUCCCAAAAUAUUGGGAUCAUAGGCGUGAACCACCUCACCUGGCCUCCUUCCAUUUGAUUUCAAGGCAGAUAGCAGAUACCAUUUCAUCUGCAAAUAUUUAAGGAUCUUUUGUUAAUAACCACAACACUAUUAUCACAUUCAGAAGAACACUAGAUGAUAUCAAGGAGUUAUUGACAAUUUUCUUGGGUGUGACAAUAGUAUGUUUAUAUUUUU